GUGAAAUUGAGUAGAUGUGUCAUUAUGUCUAAUUUUUGAACAAACAAUAACAUAAUAACUCUACCUCCAGUAGUAAGAAAAAUGAGCACAAAAAACGUUGUGACUUGUUUGUUCGAAGGAUAUUGUGUUUUGGAAGCUGAAAAGAAUCGAAUGUUAGCGAACUGCACGUGUACCUUAGUCCGAACUAGAAGUGGCAAUAAUAUUCUUGUCGAUACAAUGACUCCGUGGGACCGCGAUAAACUACUUCAAGCACUAGCAAAUGUCAAUCUGUUACCGGAGAAUAUAUCACAUCUGAUUAACACCCAUGGCCAUUCCGACCAUAUCGGCAAUAAUAACCUCUUCCUGCAGGCAAAACAUAUCGUCGGUCAAAACGUUUCGUUCAAAGAUCAAUACGAGCUGCAUGAUUUCAAGGAUCCAUACGUCAUUGAGGACGGUAUCGAAGUAGUUGCAACGAAAGGACAUACAUUGGGAUGUGUAUCGCUUAUUGUGCGGAAUGGAAUUUGUAAUGGAAUUGACGGUGUGAUUGGAAUUGUGGGCGAUUUAUUUGAACGGUAUGAUGAUAUUGACGACGAUACAGUUUGGAUGGACGCAGGCAGCGAAGAUCCGAUAGCUCAACGGCAUAGUCGCUGUGCUGUUGCAGACAUUGCAGAUUAUAUUUUACCUGGUCACGGUGCUGGUUUUGUUGUUACGGAGUGUAUUCGAUCUAAGUUAAGGUCUCAAUUUUCGAUGGAUUAAAUAGAUUUUUGAUAAUCGCGAAAC